UGUCCCGUGGGCCGGCCGCAGCUGCCGGCUUUGGCGGCGGUCGGCAGCGCAGCGCGUCCCGUCCCGUCCCGGCGCGAGAUGAGCAGCCCCGAUGCGGGCUACGCCAGCAGCGACGACCAGGUGCAGGGGCGGUGCUCGCUGCCCAUCAUGAUGCCGGCCAUGUGCCCGUGGGCAGAGUCGCUGAGCCCGCUGGGCGAGGCGAAGGCGAAGGGCGGCGCGGCGGCGUCGGGGCCGUCGGGCGGCCGGAGCAAGGGCGAGGCGCGGAUCCGGCGUCCCAUGAACGCCUUCAUGGUGUGGGCGAAGGACGAGCGCAAGCGACUGGCGCAGCAAAACCCGGACCUGCACAACGCCGAGCUCAGCAAGAUGCUGGGUAAAUCGUGGAAGGCGCUGUCGCUGGCGGAGAAGCGUCCCUUCGUGGAGGAGGCGGAGCGGCUGCGGGUGCAGCACAUGCAGGACCACCCGAACUACAAGUACCGGCCGCGGCGGCGGAAGCAGGUGAAGCGCCUGAAGCGGGUGGAGAGCGGCUUCCUGCAGCACGGCCUGGCGGAGGCGGCGGCGGCGGGGCCCGGGCUGGGCAGCGAGGUGGCCGGCGGCGGUGGCAGGAUGUGCGUGGAGGGCCUGGGACUGGCGUACGGCGAGCAGGGCUACGCGGCGGCGGGCGCGGGCCACUACCGGGACUGUCCGCCGCUGGGCGCCGCGUUCGACGGCUACAGCCUGCCGACGCCGGACCCGUCGCCGCUGGACGCGGCGGAGAGCGAGGCGCCCUUCUUCGCGGCGGGGCUGCAGGAGGAGUGCGCGCUGGGGCCCUACGGCUACGGCCCGCACCCGGCGGCCGCCGAGUACCCGGCGGCGUCCGAGAGCCCGUCGGGCGCGUCGCUGCGGCGGCACCUGCCGCCCGGGGAGGCGCUGGGCGCGGGCGGGUCGCUGCAGGGGCUGCUGGGCUGCCCGGCGCCGCUGCACGCGUACUACGGGCAGUGCCAGCCGCCGGGCCCGGGGCGCGGCCCGCCGCCGCCGCCGCCGGGGGCCUUGGGGCAGCCGUCGCCGCCGCCCGAGACGGCGCCGUGCCGGGAGCAGCUGGAGCAGCUGCGGCCGGAGGAGCUGCUGGGCGAGGUGGACCGCACGGAGUUCGAGCAGUACCUGCGCUUCGCCUGCAAGCCCGAGCUGGGGCUGCCCUACGGCGGCCACGACGCGGCCGCGCUGUCGUCGCCCGAGGGCGCGGGUCCCAUCUCGUCGGCCGUGUCGGACGCCAGCAGCGCCGUCUACUACUGCGGCUACCCCGACUUGUGAGGGGCUCGCUGGGGCACGGCACGGACACUGGCAGGGAAGCGCCCAGCCCUGCUCCUAUUUAUGUAAUUUAUUUCAAUUUCCUUGGGACUGUUUUACAGACUCUUUCUGGGCGGACAUAAGCUGCUAUCCUGAUUGUCCUGCUGGCUACAGGUCUCGUUCGAACUGCUUUUCGGCUGGUGUUAACGGAAUGUUUACAUCUUUUUUUUUUUUUUCUUUCAUUCAUGCGCGAGAUUAUCGAUUUUUUUUCAGAAUCAGCAGUCUUACUUGUUUGUCCAGAACAUGUUUCUAGUUGUGUUUUUAACUAUAUCUGUGUUUUAGCAUUUCCGGAAAAUAAAUGCAUGU